UGAGCGAGUUGCGCGGCUCGUCUCGCUGCCGGGAUUCCGUUCGUGGCUGCUGCUGGUUCUCCUCGCCGCUUCGGCAUGGACCCGCCUCGGCUUCGCUUCCGACCGCCCUUCUUCUCGGGCUGCCUGCUCCUCCUGCCCCUGCUGCUCGACGGGCUGGUUGUUUUCCAGACCUAUGCGGUAGAUUUGGAGGUGAAAGAUGACUCUAACAUGUCUUGUCUGUUUGCAAAAUGGAUGGUGAAAUUCUCGAUAAGCUAUGAAGGAACCGAUGGAUCUAAAACAUCUACGUUUAUGCUCCCGGAAGACCUGAGCUACAUCGGAACCUCUUGUGGGAAUGAGACCUCGGGCCCCGUCCUUUCUAUUGAGUUUGGGGACGAGAAUUCUUGGUCCAUUCGUUUCACAAAGACCAAAGACACUUAUCAAGGAGUCAUCACCUUUGUUUACAACACCGGAGACUUGAUGUUCUUUCCGGAUGCUAAAAGGAAAGAACGAAUAACCGUUAUGGCCAAUUUUCCUGCCAAUCCAGUUCCGCUAAAUACGGCCUUUAGUUGUGACACUGAAGACAUAGUGAAAAGCGGCGAUGUCACCCAGACGUUCCAGAGUGUGACGCUGCAAGCUUUCCUUCAAGACGGACGCUUGAGUAGCCAGAUGACUCUCUGUGAUAAGGACAUGACCGCAUCCACCGUUCCUGCGGCCAGCAAAUCUAUCCCCCUGGCCGCCACCACCGGUACCUCAGAGUCAAAUGCUACCGAAUCACCAUCUUCUCCCACCAUCCAACCAGAGGAGAAACCUGCCUCAGGAAGCUACACGGUCAAAUCUGGCCCAGUUACCUGCAUUCUGGCAAACAUGGGUUUGCAACUGAACGUCACCCAACAGGUUUAA